CUUUUAUCGUGGAUUCAUGUGGAGCAGUGAAAAAAAGAGCCAAAAAAGCUGCGUCCUCUCCACACACCUUUGCAUUUUUCUCUUCUCAUUUUCUCACAAUCCAAACACAUACUGUCAGAUUCACGUUCAACAUUUUGAUUGUUUUUCACAAGCGCCCCCCCCCCCCCCAAAAAAAACCCAAUUAUUAGGGUUUUUCCUGAAAGGAAUCUGUCUUCCUCCUCACGUUCUCUCAACUUUCCUCGUCAAAGGUUAGAGCUUUUGCCUUGAACUUUUGGGCUGAGCUCUGAGUUUCUGACCACAUUUUUAGGGUAUUCGUGAUUGAUCGGAGGAUUUGAGUCGAAUUCCGAAGUGGGUUCCACUUUUUGUUCGAGGUUGCAGAAACUCUAUAGAGGAAAUGUCGCAGAAAACCAGGGCCCCACCUUCCUUCCAGUCAAUCAAAUCAUUGCCCGGAGAUUUUAGGUUCUCAGGUCUACCAGCUUCUGAUCGAUUUGGAAAAUCUGAUGAUGGGAAUUUGGGAAAUAGCAAUGUCAUCUCCUCGAGUAUUCCAGAAAAUGGUGGUUUUGAGGGAGUUGAGGGUAGUAUUGGGCCUCUUGGCGACAUGGAACAGGUAGACGAUUCACCAUAUGGCAGGAACACAAUCUCCAUCGAAGACAGCCCCCCAAGGGGUGAUGAAGACUUGGAUUCUGUUGCUCCAUCUAUGCCUUCAAUAGCUUCAUCCCGUAGGGAACAUAGGUGGGGUGACACCAAUCCUUAUGCUGUGAAGAAGAAGCUUCAAUCUUGGUUCCAACUUCCAAACCGUAAUUGGGAACUGGGGAGAAUAUUGUCUACCUCAGGCGCUGAAUCUGUUAUAUCACUUCCUAACGAUAAAGUUGUAACGGUAAAAACUGAAGAUUUGGUUUCAGCUAAUCCAGAUAUCCUUGAUGGUGUGGAUGAUCUCAUGCAACUUAGUUACCUAAAUGAGCCAUCAGUGUUGUACAAUCUUCAGUAUAGAUACAAUCAGGAUAUGAUUUAUACAAAAGCGGGACCGGUGUUGGUUGCUGUCAAUCCCUUUAAGAGAGUUUCUUUAUAUGGGAAUGAAUACAUUGAAGCAUACAAGCGUAAAGCAGUUGAAAGUCCACAUGUGUAUGCCAUUGCAGACACAGCCAUUCGGGAAAUGGUUAGAGAUGAAGUAAAUCAGUCUAUAAUUAUAAGUGGGGAAAGUGGAGCAGGAAAAACUGAAACUGCGAAGAUAGCAAUGCAAUAUUUGGCUGCACUUGGAGGUGGAAGUGGAAUAGAGCAUGAAAUUUUGAAAACUAACCCGAUACUGGAAGCCUUUGGUAAUGCGAAAACAUUGAGAAAUGACAACUCAAGUCGCUUUGGAAAAUUGAUUGAAAUCCACUUUAGUGAAACUGGAAAAAUUUCUGGUGCCAAUAUUCAAACUUUUUUGCUUGAAAAGUCUAGAGUGGUCCAAUGCACUGAAGGUGAAAGGUCCUAUCAUAUAUUUUAUCAGCUUUGUGCUGGAGCUCCACCUGCUCUUAGAGAGAUGCUGAACUUGAAGAGUGCAGAUGAGUACCAAUAUCUGAAGCAAAGCAAUUGUUAUUCCAUUUCUGGGGUUAAUGAUGCUGAAGAAUUCAGUGUGGUGAAGGAAGCUCUAGAUGUUGUCCAUAUAAACAAAGAAGACCAGCAAGGUGUAUUUGCAAUGCUUGCUGCAGUUUUGUGGCUGGGAAACAUCUCAUUUAGUGUGAUUGAUAAUGAAAAUCAUGUUGAACCUGUAGAAGAUGAAGGUUUGUUCAAUGUCGCAAAAUUGAUUGGAUGUGGUGUAGAUGAGCUUAAGCUUGCUUUAUCAACUCGAAAUAUGAGAGUUGGUAUUGACAGUAUUGUCCAAAAGCUAACGCUAUCACAGGCCAUCGACACAAGAGAUGCUUUGGCAAAGUCAAUUUAUGCAUGUCUGUUUGAGUGGCUGGUUGAACAAAUUAACAAAUCACUUGCAGUAGGAAAACGGCGUACUGGCAGAUCUAUCAGCAUUCUUGAUAUCUAUGGUUUUGAAUCAUUUGAUAGAAAUAGUUUUGAACAGUUCUGCAUUAAUUAUGCAAAUGAGAGAUUGCAACAACACUUCAAUCGUCACUUAUUCAAGUUAGAGCAGGAUGAAUACAUCCAAGAUGGAAUUGAUUGGACAAAAGUUGAAUUUGAAGACAACCAAGAUUGUCUUGGUCUUUUUGAAAAGAGGCCGUUGGGAUUACUGUCCCUGUUAGAUGAGGAGUCCACCUUCCCAAAUGGUACUGAUUUGACCUUUGCCAACAAGCUUAAGCAACAUCUGAGUUCUAAUUCUUGUUUCAAAGGAGAACGAGACAAAUCGUUUGCUGUCAGUCAUUAUGCAGGAGAGGUUUCAUAUGACACAACAGGAUUUUUGGAGAAGAACAGGGACUUACUGCAUUUAGAUUCUAUUCAGCUUCUUUCAUCAUGCUCAUGCCACCUUCCUCAGAUAUUCGCAUCUAGUAUGCUUAAUCGACCUGAGAAGCCUUUAGUUGGUCCCCUGUAUAAAACAGGUGGCGGAGUAGACUCCCAGAAGCUGAGUGUUGCAACGAAAUUUAAGAGUCAAUUGUUCCUAUUGAUGAAACGUCUAGAAAACACCACUCCACAUUUCAUACGUUGUAUCAAGCCCAACAAUCUUCAAUCCCCUGGACUAUAUGAGCAAGGACUCGUACUGCAGCAGCUGAGAUGUUGUGGAGUUCUAGAAGUGGUUCGCAUAUCAAGAUCUGGCUUUCCUACCAGAAUGUCACACCAGAAGUUUGCAAGAAGAUAUGGUUUUCUUCUGCUGGAGAAUGUUGCAUCGCAGGAUCCACUUAGUGUUUCAGUAGCUAUUCUUCACCAGUUCAACAUAUUACCAGAGAUGUAUCAAGUGGGCUAUACAAAGUUGUUUUUCCGAACUGGACAGAUUGGGGUGCUUGAGGACACCAGAAACCGUACGCUCCAUGGUAUUUUACGUGUUCAAAGCUGCUUUAGAGGACACCAAGCCCGGUGUUACCUCAAGGAGCUGAGGAGAGGAAUCACCACGCUUCAAUCAUUCAUAAGGGGACAGAAAACCAGGAAGGAGUACUCAAUAUUACUAGAGAGGCAUAGAGCUGCUGUUGUCAUACAAAAGCAGGUCAAAAGCAGGUUUGCAAGGAAGAAAUUCAACAACAUUUAUGCUGCAUCAAUCGUGAUACAAUCAGUUCUUCGUGGCUGGUUGGUCAGAAAAUGCUCAGGAAGUAUAGGAUUGUUGAAGCCUGGAAGCAUGAAGGCUAACGAGUCAGAUGAGGUUCUGGUAAAGGCAUCUUUCCUUGCUGAACUACAGCGCCGCGUUCUUAAAGCUGAAGCUGCCUUGCGAGAGAAGGAAGAGGAGAAUGACAUCCUCCACCAACGUCUCCAACAGUAUGAGAGCCGCUGGUCGGAAUAUGAGCUGAAAAUGAAAUCCAUGGAAGAAGUGUGGCAGAAACAAAUGAGAUCCCUACAAUCCAGCCUCUCAAUUGCGAAGAAGAGCUUAGCCAUUGAUGAUUCUGGGAGAAAUUCUGAUGCAUCAGUGAAUGCAAGUGAUGACCGUGACCAGAGUUGGGAUACAGGAAGUAACCAUAGAGGCCAAGAUAGCAAUGGGGUGAGACCAUUGAGUGCAGGUUUGAGCGUCAUAAGCCGGUUAACUGAAGAAUUUGAUCAGAGGAGUCAAGUUUUUGGCGACGAUGCCAAGUUCUUGGUGGAGGUAAAGUCUGGUAAAGUGGAAGCAAGUCUGAAUCCAGACCAAGAGCUAAGAAGGUUGAAGCAGAUGUUUGAGGCUUGGAAGAAGGAUUACGGGGCAAGACUAAGGGAGACAAAGUUGAUUAUGCAUAAGAUUGGGAAUGAAGAGGGGGGCAGUGCUGACAGGGUGAAAAAGAAGUGGUGGGGAAGGCGGAACAGCUCGAGGAUAAAUUAAGUAACAGAAUUAUUCUGUUGGAGAUGGGCUAGCUGUGUUGUUUAUGCUAAACCCCUUCCAUUUUUAUAGUUGAGGAAUGUGGUUGCCGCAUAGAAAUUGUGACACAGAGUUUAGUUGUUGCAAGCGAUUUGGUGCUUUGUUAAUUUGUAGAGCAGAGCAGAGCUGAGCUGCUAGUUACUCCAGUAUGUAUGUAUACGUUUUCUUAUUUAUAGUGCAAGUUCGAUUCUCUACAUUGAUGAAUGACUGAAUGAAAUCUUUGACAUUACCAGA